AUGGAUAACAUUACGGUUAAUAUAAAUAAUAGUAACGACUUUAAUGAAAUUAUACAUGAAAUAAAAUCAAAACAACUUUGCAAUGAAAGUAUAAAAAGUUCAAAAAUGGCGAAAUUAAAAUUAACCACACAAAAGGUUAAUGGUAAUGAUAAUGAUGGUACAAAGAUGAUAAAUGAAUUCGAAGAAUAUAUGAAUAAAAGAGUUCCUAACAAAAAUAAAAAUAAAAAAGAAACAACUCUACACAAAUUAAAAAGUGAACAAAAUUUAAGGAAACGAAAUUUGUCAGAUACCCCAAUUUUCCCACGCAUUACUUCAUUAAUUUUAGAUCAUGAAAAAGACAACAGUAAUUCGGACUAUUCUUAUAAAACAAAAAAUACAAAGGAUUAUAAAAUAAAUAAAUAUGUUUCUAAUAAUAAAUUUGAGAAAAGUAGCAUAUAUGACAUUUAUGCGAAAACAUUAAAAAAACUUUCAAUUGAAGAAGAAAAUAAUGAAGAAAGUUAUUACAAUGAUAGUAAUAAUAUAACCCAAGAAAAAAAAAAUAAAAAUAUAAAUAGAACAGAUAUUCACAUUAAUGAAUCAGAUACAUCAUUACAUAAUUCCACUUCAAUAUAUGAAACCCAAAAUUCGAGUAUUGAAAAAAAUAGAAACUAUCUAAAAGAAAAAGCUAUAAGAAAUAAAGAUAUAAAUAUAAAAGGACGAAAACAAAAAAGUGAUUUAAUUCAUCGAUAUAAUAUGAAUGAUUCAGAGAAUGUGAAUUUUAAUACUUCAAGGGGAAAUGAUACAAAAGAUUCAUAUUAUAACUCUUUUGAAAAUUCAAACUUAAGUAGUGAUCACUAUGCUUAUAAAAACAAAAAGAAAAAUAAAAAAGAAAAUACAUUUUAUUAUACAAAUGAAGAAAGAAAUAAAACUUAUUCCAACGAAUCAGAUUUUUCUCAUGAAAACCUUAGUGUAGAAGGAAAUGUAAAUUAUAGAAAAGGUGAUAAUAAUAACGAAAUAAAUAAUAUAGCUGAAAAUGGAAAUAAUUUAAAUGAUCAUAAUUCUUUAUCGAUUGAAAAUCAUAAAUAUAAAAAAGAGGAAGCAAAAAAUGAUCAUUUAAUUAAAAAAAAAAAAAAAAAAACCUUGAAUUAUUCUGACAAUCAUUCCGAAAAAGACGGUUCCACAAAAUCAUUAAAAAUUGGUAAUGAAAUGAAUAUGUAUCAUUCAUUAAAUGAUAAAAUAUAUAAAAAGAGAAGCGCAAUAUAUUCGAAAGAAAGUUUAAAAUAUGAUAAAUCCGACAUAACUACAACUGAUUCGGAAUAUUAUAUGAAUGAUAAAUAUCAAAAAUAUAUUAAAAAACAAAUACCUUCUAUUGAAGAUGAUUAUAAACACAAAGAAAAAUUAUUAAAAAUCGUAAAUAGUAAAAAUAUUUUAAGUAUUAGGAAAAUUCUAAUAAUAAUGAGAGAAUUUUAUAUUGGAUUUAUAGGAUUGCAGCUAAUUUAUUUUAUAACAUAUCUUUUGUUUGGAAAUAAUAGUGUAUAUUUGAUACAGAUCAUUUCAAUAUCAUGUACCUUUUUUUCAUUAUUAGAUGCUAAUUAUCACGGAUAUUUAUUAAACGGAUUCAUUGAUAUGUGUAUAGCAAUUUUUUUAAAUAUAGCCAUUAUAGAAAAUAUUGCUGGUUUUAUAACCUUACAAUCUAACAGUGUCCUAAAAAAUAUAACUAUAUCAAAUGUAGUUUUCCUCUAUUUCUUUUCAAUAUUUUCAUUUUUAAACAGCUAUUUUAUAUAUAAAUUACAUUCCCUUGAAAGGAAAAAUAUUAAAUACGUUAUAGAAAGCAUUGAAUCAAAGGUAAACAAUGAUGUUAAAAAUAAAGCAUAG